GAUAACGGGUCCGGCCAGCUUGCGAGCGAAACAUCACCGUUCACGCCACUGGAUUGUUUUAUCUGUGUCCCGUUGAACGCUCGUCGUCGCGACGCCUUCGUCUGAAUUGGGGCUUCUCUUGCGCACGGAAGACGGGAUCUCGACCGGAGUCUCAAGCCGGCGACUAUCACGGUGAUGAUGCGCCGGUGAAAUGAUCACCCCGGCGUCUGACUGCGAUGGAGCCGACCGCGCUCAAGUGGAGCUUCUCGCCCGCUCGCUGGCUAGCUAGUGAGCUAGCUAGCUAACGGUGCCCGCCGGGAUUCGGUCGACCCCCUUGAGCGAGCAGCCCUGGAUAACGUCGCCCGCCUCGAUGGGUGUGAUUGCUGUUUUCGGACACCGGGAGUGCAGCGACGACACAAGACCAACUGAGAGAUGUCCCUAGUUUUGACCAGAUCUGCGCGAAAAUGUGCUAACCUAUUGGUUUAGGUUUCCCCCCCACCCGCGCAUGACUGCGUUUGCCUGGCUUCGACUCGUUCGCUUUUUGCUCCAUCUUUAAUGCUCUUUGGAUGCUUCCGUGACAUUAAUUCGACGCUGUGGAUCACGAUGGCCCAGCUGUUGGACGGGGCCGGCAAACUGGGCUGGACUCUGCUCAAGGCUGCGCUCCGUUUCGUAUUUAUGUUCAUUAACAACUGUGUAGCCAUCCCGUCCUACUGCCUGUACCUACUCGUGCUGCAGCCCCUGAGAAUAUGGCACAGCUCCACGUUCUGGCACGUUGAGGGAGUCAUGUUUAAAUGGCUGCUGGCCAUGGUGUCGUCGUGGGGCUGGAUCGCCGGUUACACGGUAACUGAGUGGGGUGAUGAUGUGCGGCCCAUCUCCGAAGAUGAAGCCAUGGUCAUUGUAAACCAUCAAUCUACAGGAGACGUGUGCACCCUCAUGAUGUGCCUGCAAGACAAGGGCAUGGUGGUACGAAAAAUGAUGUGGUUAAUGGACCAUGUGUUCAAAUACACAAACUUUGGCCUAGUGUCCCUCAUACAUGGUGACUUCUUCAUCAGACAGGGUAAAGCCCACCGAGACAAGCAGCUGGUCUAUUUGAAGGAACACCUAGACAAGUAUUACCACAGUCGUGACAGGAAGUGGAUAGUGCUGUUUCCCGAGGGUGGCUUCCUGCGCAAGCGGAGGGAAACCAGCCAGAUGUUUGCCAAAAAGCAUUCUCUACCCCACCUGACCCACGUUACGCUGCCUCGCCUUGGUGCCACCCACGUCAUACUGAAAACUCUAUCAGCCCAACAUGAAAAUGGCAGCGUGGGCAAUGAGAGCGGGACAACCAACCAGACAGGCAAAAAGCGCAAAGGCCUGCAGUGGGUGAUAGACGUGACCAUAGCUUAUCCCAAAGCACGGCCCAUGGACAUCCAGACGUGGAUUUUUGGAUACAGGUCUGCUACAGUCACACAUGUCCACUACAGGAUGUACCCCAUUAAGGAGGUUCCUAUAGAGGAGCAAGCACUGACCGACUGGCUGUAUCAGAGGUUUGUGGAGAAGGAGGACUUGCUGUCCCACUUCUAUGACACAGGAGCGUUCCCGCCUCCCGACGGCCAGAAGGAAGCGGUCUCCCGGCAAAUGACCCUGGACCCUGUGUGGCUGUGCGUCAUCCAGUCGUUCGCGUUCGUCUCCGGCUACAUGUGGUACAGCCUCUUGCGGCACCUCUACCGCGGUAUGUUUUGAGCACGCCGACGAGGGCGAGCGGGGAGAAAAAAAACGCCUCUCCGAGUCCACUGGCGUCAUGCAACGGAUGAAUGUACAUUUACAAUUUGCGUGGCGAGACUAAAGACGGAGGGGCAAAAAAAAAAAAAAAACAAUUAUGUAUACGACGUGUAGACAAACAGAAUUCCAGCCCUGAUGCUACACAUGAUCUCACACAUCACAGCUCUCAUGUUGAUGUUUACACAUAGCCCCCCCCCCCCCCCCCCCCCCCCCACGCCGUCAUACAUUCAAAGAGGCUCAGGACCAAGGACCACUGUAGUUUCAUGGAGUGCGUAUGGACGUGUGUGUCUGUGAAUACUGUGAGAGUAGAAGCAUCGAGUCCGCCCUUUAGCCUGCCCUCUUUCUGACGCCCAGCGGACAUUUCGAAGCAGCUGUGUGGACCCGCUCCCCCCCGCCCCCCUUCCCUUUUUCCCUUAGCCCACAUUGCACUAAAGAUCCAAACUGCUCCCUGUCCCAGGAUAAAUUCCUGAAUGGUAGCUGCCCAUAUGUGUUUUUUUUUCGUGUAUGUUUUUAUUUUUAUUUUAAUUUUUCGCCCGCGCAUCUCAACAACGACAGCCAGCACAUUUAUCUUUUCGUUGUCGCCUGGACUGUUUACACCGGCGACGGCGCCUCAAGGUAAACGGCGUCAAACUUGAUCACUUGAAAAGCAACUUGUGUGGACUCCUGUUUGCUCAUAUACACGCGCGCGCACACAUCCUCAUUUCAACAAGAUGGACCCUCCCACCCACCACAAAAACAAAACAAAAAAGAGACAGCAUAGUUUUACAAUUAUUUAAGCCAUACGCUCAUUGUUGUCCACAACACACAAGGGAACAUAAUUGUUUGUGUUGAGUGCUUUCCGUGGCAUUCAAAAAAAAAAAAACAAGACUGUUCACUUUGGCUUUAAGAAGUGUAAGCAUUGAUACAAUAAAAUGAAGCGAUGAAGUAUGGGUGCCCCAUUUUUUUGUUUUUAAUCCCCUCUCGUGUCAUUAUGUAUUGUUACCAUGUGACGUUGGAAAAUGAAGAUUAUUCUUUUUAAAUGUUUUUUUUUUUUUUAAUGACAAAAUCCUCUGUACAUAACAAACCUCAAAGUAAUGUCCUUGACCUGUCUGCGAUUGUUCUUUUUUUUUUUUUUUAAGAAGAAAAAUUACCAUAAUUUUAUGUUUUCUUCUCAUUUGUGUACUGUCGUUUUGUUGUUAUUAUUUCUGGGUAAUGCUACCCAAGCCCGAUGUCAUCCCAGAACAUAUUCGGUCAUAAAGAGCCGCCGGUGUGAAUCCUGUUUGUUUUAAACUUUUGCAUCGAGCCGAAAAUUUUGUUUCUUGGGCACGAAAGUGGGCUAAAAAAUUUAAUUUACAAUAUUCAUCAUGCCAACAGUAAAGAUCCCUACGUACAAAAAUAUACUACAGCAAUCACUCAUUGCCAGGAAGUGUUCAUAUUGAAUGUUUUUUUUUUUUUUUUUUUUUUUGUAACAUUUUACUUUGACAAUUGGCAACCUAAAUAGAACUGAACAGAACACUAUUUUUGGGAAACCCGGAAGAAGAACACCACAUUCCCCAGUGAUGGUGUUUUCCUAAGGAUAAACAUGAUGUGUUCACGGAAAUAGUUUUGGAGGGGUUGAUCUAAAAUUUGGCCUGCGGGGAACCCUAUGGCAAAAAAAAUGUUCUUUUGAUUCCGAGUGCCCUUUUCUUAAAUUUCCUUUUAUCUAGAUAAUUCCUAGGCUUGCACCAUCUAAGAAAACGUUUUAAAAAAUGCAUUUUAGGGGUUGCCAACACCAGUUCUUUCUCACUGUUGGUAGAAACUGUGUACGAUGCAAAAAAAGAAAAAAAAAGUGCUACCAAACAAUAGCUAGUCAAACAUUUUGAAUGUGUCAUUCAGUGGCCCGGUUCAGAUUUUUAUUUUUUAUUUUUCCCCAACUAUGUUUCCAAAGAAAGGAGGGGAUGUGAUGUUUUAGGAAAUGAACACAAUAGGGGUGGAAGCAAAUGAUACUAGAAUUUCCUGUAAUUUCCCCAUUUUGUACUUCUUUAAAUUCCUAGUUAACACAGCCAUUUUACAACACGAUAACAUGUGCUGGAAUAAAACUUCAAAGACCCAAAA